CCUGUUUUCUCUCCUUCCUCUUUGUCUGCUUGAUCUCUCCUCGCUGCCACCUCUCCUCCCAGCGACAGCCGCUGCUUUCUGAUUGGCUGUUUUUGAUGUGGGGGGCGGAGCUUGCUGAGUGCUCCGCUGCUUUUCUAGCUUCAAGCUCGGCUCUGUCGUCAGUUUCGGUAAAAGCUAAGCAAGGAGAGCGACAACAGUGUACGUUCACAAAAAGAAAUAAACGUUUCAGUAGCUUAAACUGUUGGCUUAGAAACAGCAAAUGAAACGCCAAAACACAUAGCUUAGUGUUGGACCUCGGUAGCGCUUUCCUCCAGUCAGGAAAAGGGACGAUAUAAAGGAUUUCGACGGUUGGUUUUGCUUCUUCCCCCUCAGUCCUUUGUUUUUCGCCGUUCCAGUCAAGCAGGUGAGCAACAGCGCCCCCCUGUGAAGACGACUGGAAACAGCCUGAGGAUAGGGAGCCUAACAAACGGCCGAGCAGCUAGCCUCCCCUGCGACGUGGGUCUCCACAGCCCAGCCGACCGAUGCGGAAUGAAGAUGAGUCCCGCUCUGGAAGCCCUCAUGCAGGCGGACGGGACUCCCUAUUCGGGGAAGGGGGUGAUGCUUGAGCCCUUCGUGCACCAGGUGGGAGGCCACUCCUGCGUGCUGCGCUUCGGGGAACAGACGAUAUGCAAACCCCUCAUCCCCCGGGAGCACCAGUUCUACAAAAACCUGCCUCUGGAGAUGAGGAAAUUCACCCCUCAAUAUAAAGGUGUUGUGUCGGUUAGUUUUGAAGAAGACGAGGAGGAAAACCUGUGCCUCAUCGCCUACCCUCUCCAUAGCGAAUCUGUGGACUUGGAAAACAAAGACCCUUCGGCGGACUGCCAAGAACCCAAGAGCAAGAUGCUGAAGUGGAGCAACAAGAAGCAGUCCCCAUUGCUGCAGGAGAAGGAAAACUACAGCAAAGACAGAGCUCGAAACAGCAGAAAAGAGGACAAAAUCAUGAGUUAUAAUCGUGAUGAGGUCCAGCAGCCGCAGGCUGAGGUUCUGUACUUCAGCUUGGAGAAAGGCAACGUGGUGUCACAGAUCAAACACAACCCAUGGAGUCUGAAGUGUCACCAACAGCAAUUACAGAGGAUGAAGGAAAACGCAAAGCAUCGCAACCAAUACAAAUUUAUUCUGUUGGAAAACCUGACGUGGCGCUACAGAGUCCCGUGUGUGCUAGAUUUAAAGAUGGGGACCCGCCAACAUGGAGACGAUGCUUCAGAGGAGAAGAAAGCCCAUCAGAUCCGGAAGUGUCAACAGAGCACAUCAGCAUCUAUUGGAGUGCGGCUCUGUGGGAUGCAGGUGUACCAGUCUGACUCCGGCCAGCUAAUGUUCAUGAACAAGUACCACGGGCGAAAGCUGACCCUUGCUGGUUUCAAGGAGGCUCUCUACCAGUUCUUCCACAAUGGCCGCCGCCUUCGUCACGAGCUGUUGUCCCCCGUUCUGCGCCGGCUUCGGGAGAUGCAGGCCGCCCUGGAGGCCUGCGAGUCCUACCGCUUCUACUCCAGCUCGCUGCUCAUCAUCUACGACGGCGACCCUCCCAGGACUCCUGCCAGGCCCAGGCAUCGAGGAGGGGAGGACGGCGAUGAGGACGAGCCAUCUGAUGAAGAAGAGGAGGAAGGCGAAGAGGAAGAAGCGUUUGGAUUCCCUCGCUCUUCCUCCACCAGUGCAUCCGGUGGUCUGUCUGGCAGCGGCAGCAGUCGCUCCUCACAUGGAGCAGGAGAGGCCAGCAGCCCCGAAGUGGACGUGCGCAUGAUUGACUUUGCUCACACCACAUGUCGGCACUACGGAGAGGACAGUGUGGUCCACGAAGGCCAAGACAGCAACUUCAUCUUCGGCCUUCAGAAUCUGAUCACCAUCAUCUCUCAGCUGGAGGAGCACAGCACUGACUGAAGGCACAUCAGAGCUGACCUGGUUUAAAUUUUAAGCAUGGGAGAAAAGUUCUUUGGAGCUACAAACCCUGCUGCUUCUCCCCCUGAGGUGCUUCAUGCCUGAACAGUGGUCCACUUGGUGGAAACCCCAGAUGCCUCUCAGUUAGAGGAAGAGUCUGCAAGGUUGAUCCUGCGCUCUUGCUCACCUGCUGAAGGAAAGGGCUGCUACUGCCCUCCCUUGCACUUUUUUCUUUAUGAGACUGAGACUUUUUCUUUGUGAUACACGGUAGGAGCAUUGUUGCAAGAGACGGACAAUUUUUCUACAGGUUCUCUCCUUUGACAUUGUAAGAUCUCCCUCCUCCAUCUCCUCUGGUACAAAUUGGUAUCUCUAAGUUCUCUCUGAGAGAGAAAGAAAGAGGCAGAGAAGUUUGAAGCUAUACUUAGGUAGGAUGCUGCUGUGGUGCUUACCUUGUGAUAUUACAUCCUUUUUGUUAAUGAACUGCAGAGCACAACUUAGUGGAGGAGUUAACUUGUUACCUGAACAAGCUGACCUUAGCUGGCUCGGUCAGCAGCCUUGUAGCAACGGACAAAUAAAACACCUAAUAAGGACUUUUUUGUGUUUCUAUUGACGUCUUGUAAGAGAGAUUGUUGUCUACCGUGCACUUGGAUUUAGACUUCUUUUUUUUUUUUUUGGUGGGAUAUUAAUUAGGUUUAGAAGAAGGGAUUUGCCUUUUACAUUUUUUUCCUGCACUUCCCACCUAUAUAAAUAUGUUUUGAAAAGGGGAUUUUAUUGGAGUUUCUUUUUUGUCAUUCAUCUUCUUCCUCAUUCCUGCAAAUCUGACUUGAAGAGGAUAUAUUAUAAGAACACUAGCUUCAGAGACUAUAGACUAUUUAUUUGAAAUGAUUCUUUAAAAAAAAAUGGAAACAAGCACAUUCCUUAUUACCACUUUAAAUGUUCUGUCCUCCUGAGCGUCUGAUUUAUUGUUUUUUGCAUACUUAAGUGUCUUGGUAAAUAAAGGCAUUCAUUGUGGUAAAAUCUA